AUGAUGACGAACUGGCUACCAGAAACACCGUCUACGUUACCACUAUAUGCGCACACAAUGAUCGGUGUUGGUGGUCUUGUUAUAGAUUCACAGGACCGAAUUCUUCUGAUGAGGGAAAGAAGAGGAGUCUACCUCGGUUGGAAGUAUCCUGGUGGGCUUUCUGAGCCAGGCGAGAGCAUAUUUGAUACAGCUGAACGCGAAGUUUUUGAGGAAACUGGGGUGAAGGCGUUAGGAAAAGCCAUAUUGUGUUUCAGGCAGAUUGCUGGAUCUCAAUAUGAAAACGUCGGUGAUAUUUAUUUUAUUUGUGUCAUGGAAGCUGUGGAUGACACGAUGAACGUAGGAUGUACGGAGGAAGCCGCUGAAUGUAAAUGGUUCACAAGGGAAGAAAUCAUGUCGCUGCCAGAAAAGGUUUUCCGUGAUUUCCACCACGAAAUUCUCAGUAGAUAUGAUAAAUGGAAGAGUUCUGGGCGAGCUGGAUGUUAUAUGGCGUCGUGCAAAUUCACUGGUAGAGGAGCGUGUAAAAUGUUCUAUGUUGACUGA